AUGACAAAAAUCGAUAGCACAACCAGCACAUGCGACACACGUUGGGCCAAUGUAAAUGAGUGUGAAACUGGUACAGACGAUCGUACGGAGGCGAACGGUAGGCCAGCCAUGAUUGGCGGCCUGUUCGUGUACAAUCACAAAGGAGAGGUAUUAAUCUCUCGUAUAUAUAGAGAUGAUGUCACUCGAAAUGCUGUGGAUGCCUUUCGAGUCAAUGUUAUUCAUGCUAGGCAACAGGUACGUUGUACUUUUCGCAAUAAUCUGCUUGUUGUAUUCGGAAGA